AAGCCUCCUGAGCAAGGAGAUGGGGGCUGGGUGGGUCUCUGCCAGAUGCAGAUGGGCCCACUGAGGCAGAGGAAGGGGUGCUGGGAACAAACUGGCCCUCGGCUCAGCCUGACCCAGGGUCACUUCACAGAACUUAGGGCCUCGAGUAGGGUCUGGGAGGGGUUGCACAGGAUGAGCCUGUGGGGGCUACUAGUGUGUCCUGGGGCUUCUCCCUCUGAGGCCUUGGGUGGUCAGCCCUGAGCUUCAGCAAAUUCCAGAUUCUACACGCACAUGUAUCACCUUCACAAGUGCUUCAACUUCUGGGUUGCUGGAGGGGCCUCACUCUUUGGUGCAUGGCCAUGACCUCAAUUGGAACCCCUCUUGGGAUUUCCAACCAUGCCAACAACAGCAGCAGUAAUCACAACCAACCUUAUGCUUCUUCUGGGCCCCUCCCUCCGUGUUUGCAUUGAAACCGCCCAGAUGACCUUGUGGGAAAAGAAAGCUUUGCCCUAGGUUUGAGGUGAGGCCAGUCAUAACCUCAUUAAUUAAUUAACGAAUCACUUAAUUAAACUAACGAACCCUCGGGGCCAACUCUGGGCCAGGGCACUGUGCCCAGGGCUGGGGAUUCCAAAGAGAAGGAAACAGACAUGGCCUUGUCUCCCUGGAGCUCACAGUCCAGUGGAGGAGGAAAUAACCAAAAAAGUCAUAGAAAUAGGUAUAAAUUCACAACCUGGAGAAGGAAGGAGGUAUGACCCAGAAAAGAGAUGCAGAAGGGAAUCCAGGAGGGCUUUCUGGAGGAGGUGGCAGCUGAACCUAGAGGUGAAUUUAGUUGGGAAAGAGGGAGUGAGACCUAGGCAGCCAUGAACCCCAUAGUGGCAGACAGCUGCAUAAGGGUCUCUCUCCUGGCAUCCGUGUUUACCCAUGCCUGAGCAUCCUACCCCCAUCAUCCUUUAACCUCCUGAGGGCCUUGGCUGGGUCCCAGAAAUUCCCAGGAGGGUGCUCAGAGAAGACCAUGGGCACUCUCAUCACCCUCACCCUGGCUCAUUUCCGAAAAGGCUGCAAGAAGGGUGUUGGAGGGUCUCCUGGAGGCUGCCAAGGGCAUUUGCUCAUGGAGCCCACGUCUCUCCCAGAUCCCGGUGGCUGUGAUCGCUAAUUCCAGCUUCGUGCUGGCUGCAGGUGGAUGAUGCCCAGCUGGCUGCCGAUGACUUCUGCACCAAGUGAGGCUGGGUCUCUGGAGCUGCCCCAGGGACUGGACAAGCUGACCCUGGCCGGAGCCAACCUGGAGAUGCAGACUGAGAACCUCAAGGAGGACCUGGUCUACCUGAAGAAGAACCAUGAGGAGGAAAUGAACGCCCUUUGAGGUCAGGUGGACGAGGAUGUCAGUGUGAAGAUGGACACUGUGCCUGGAGUGAACCUGAGCUGCAUCCUGAAUGAGAUGUGUGACCAGGACAAGAAAUUGGUGGAGAAGAGCUGCAAGGAUGCCGAGGGCUGGUUCUUCAGCGUGCUGGGUGGCCGUGUGUAAGCAGGUGUGCACACGUGGUGGAGAAGAGCUGCAAGGAUGCCGAGGGCUGGUUCUUCAGCGUGCUGGGUGGCCGUGUGUAAGCAGAGAGAGGGGCUGAACUGCGAGGUGGCCACCAACACAGAGGCCCUACAGAGCGGCAGGACAGAAAUAUGGAGCUCUACAGCUCUGUGCAGAACCUGAAGUGUCCCAGCUCAGCCAGAAAGCAUCACUGGAGGGCAGCCUGGUGGAGACGGAGGUGUGUUAUGGGACCCAGCUGGCCCAGUUGCAGGGGCUCAUCAGAAGCAUGGAGCAGCAGCUGUGCGAGCUCUGCUGUGACACGAGGACCACGAGCACCAGGUCCAUGUGAAGACAUGGCUGGAGCAGGAGGUCGCCACCUACCGCCUCUUGCUGGAGGUUGAGGACGCCCAGAGGUGAAACUGAGGAUACAGGCUGGAGUCUGACUGAGGAGCCUUGAAUGCCAAGUUAAAGCGUCUGGACAAGAUCACGUAGGCAAUGGGGAGCCAUGGAGGGAUUUGGAGCAGAGGAAGGGAGUGAACAUCAAGAUAUUUUAGAACAUUCACUCUGGCUGCAGAGGGAGAAAUGGAUCAGAGGGGUCAGGCUGGGGCCAGAGAGAUGCAUCGGGGGCUGGAGCAGGGAGUCUGGCCAGAGAAGUCCUGCGUGGGGGGCAGGGAAGGAAGGUGGUGCACGCAGAAGAGAGGUUAUAGCUCAAAACAGCAGGACUGCAUGCCUGGAUCUUGGGGUGAGCGUGGCUCACAGUCAGGACUCAGUAAGUGUCGCUGAACACAUGAAGGAGUGGGCAUUGAUGACCCUGGCUUUCUGGUUCCGAUGACUGUGUGAGUGGUGAUACCAUCAGCCACAGGGUGAGGAGCGAGGUGGGUGGGGGUCGGGUUUGCAGUCGGGAAGGGUGAUCAGGCCUCCAGUUGAGAGUGUUCUGGAGUCUCCAUGCUUAGUCACACGUUGCAGCUUUUUGCUCCCCGAAAAUGGUGAAGUCCAUCUAUAGUCUAACCACAGUGUCUCCUGCUUUAAUUGGUUUUUUUUGUUGGGUCCUCUGGGAUAUGGAAAAGCCACUUGCUCUGCUUCUCCUUGUAAAUUCCUGGUGAGUAGUCACACAGUGCUGCCAGGCCUACGCUGUGCGUUUCUUUUUCUUCUUCCCGCUGUGCGGGGCCCCUGCCCUUUCUUCCUGGGCCUGUGCUGAUUUCUGUGCAUUCCCAGCUGCGAUUUUUCACCAAUUUGGGGGAACCUCCUCUGCCAGGGCCUGCUUCUCCCCAGCAGUGCUUGCAGGGGCCUGGGCUGGCUGGCAUCCCCGGGCUGAUGGGUGCUCCUCUCCCUGCAGGCUGGCCACUCAGUACUCCUUGUCCCUGGCCUCACAGCCCACCCGGGAAGGUCAUGGGAAAGCAUAGCUGGAGGGCCCGCCUGAAUCACAGGUGACGGGCCUGAGACCAGAGGCACGCACACGCACACGCACGGCACCCAGCAUGAGGAUUUGGAGAAAUGAGGCAAAUUCCUGAUGAUGGGCGGGGAGGGGGCCCCCAGCCACCUGGAAGCUGGCAGGUGGCCAGUGGUGAUGAAAGCUCAGGGGAAUGGAAACAGAGGAGCAAGCCUGUUGUAAUCGCUACGCCCACUUGGUGGCCUAUAAAGGAAGCGGGCAAACCCCGGCAGCCCUACACACCUUGGGGCCCCUCUCCUCUCCAGCUGUUCUCCUGUGUGCCUGCCUCCUGCCGCUGCCACCAUGACCACCACCAUCCGCCAGUUCACCUCCUCCAGCUCCAUCAAGGGCUCCUCCGGCCUGGGGGGCGGCUCAUCCCGCACCUCCUGCCGGCUGUCUGGCGGCCUGGGUGCCGGCUCCUGCAGGCUGGGAUCUGCUGGAGGCCUGGGCAGUGCCCUCGGAGGUAGCAGCUACUCCAGCUGCUACAGCUUUGGCUCUGGCGGUGGCUAUGGCAGCAGCUUUGGGGGCGUUGAUGGGCUGCUGGCCGGAGGUGAGAAGGCCACCAUGCAGAACCUCAAUGACCGCCUGGCCUCCUACCUGGACAAGGUGCGCGCCCUGGAGGAGGCCAACACUGAACUGGAGGUGAAGAUCCGUGAUUGGUACCAGAGGCAGGCCCCGGGGCCCGCCCGUGACUAUAGCCAGUACCACAGGACAAUCGAGGAGCUGCAGAACAAGAUCCUCACAGCCACCGUGGACAAUGCCAACAUCCUGUUGCAGAUCGACAAUGCCCGUCUAGCUGCUGAUGACUUCCGCACCAAGUUUGAGACAGAGCAGGCCCUGCGCCUGAGCGUGGAGGCCGACAUCAAUGGCCUGCGCAGGGUGCUGGAUGAGCUGACCCUGGCCAGAGCCGACCUGGAGAUGCAGAUUGAGAAUCUCAAGGAGGAGCUGGCCUACCUGAAGAAGAACCACGAGGAGGAGAUGAACGCCCUGCGAGGCCAGGUGGGCGGUGAGAUCAAUGUGGAGAUGGACGCUGCCCCAGGCGUGGACCUGAGCCGCAUCCUGAAUGAGAUGCGUGACCAGUAUGAGAAGAUGGCAGAGAAGAACCGCAAGGAUGCUGAGGAUUGGUUCUUCAGCAAGACAGAGGAGCUGAACCGCGAGGUGGCCACCAACAGCGAGCUGGUGCAGAGCGGCAAGAGCGAGAUCUCGGAGCUCCGGCGCACCAUGCAGGCCUUGGAGAUCGAGCUGCAGUCCCAGCUCAGCAUGAAAGCAUCCCUGGAGGGCAGCCUGGCGGAGACAGAGAACCGCUACUGCGUGCAGCUGUCCCAGAUCCAGGGACUGAUCAGCAGUGUGGAGGAGCAGCUGGCCCAGCUUCGCUGCGAGAUGGAGCAGCAGAACCAGGAGUACAAGAUCCUGCUGGACGUGAAGACGCGGCUGGAGCAGGAGAUCGCCACCUACCGCCGCCUGCUGGAGGGCGAGGAUGCCCACCUGACUCAGUACAAGAAAGAACCGGUGACCACCCGUCAGGUGCGUACCAUUGUGGAAGAGGUCCAGGACGGCAAGGUCAUCUCCUCCCGCGAGCAGGUCCACCAGACCACCCGCUGAGGACUCAGCUCCCCCUGGCCAGCCCCCCAGGAGGCAGGGAGGCAGCUGCCCCAUCUGCCCCGCAGUCUCCGGCCUCUCCAGCCUCAGCCCCCUGCUUCAGUCCCUUCCCCAUGCUUCUCUGCCUGAUGACAAUAAAGCUUGUUGACUCAGCU